AUGGAGAAGCCCUCCCUCCCUGAAAUCAAUUCCUCAUGUGCAGACUGCACUGGGAGAGGACAUGGGAGUCUCAUUAUAUCCUCUGCUCCACUAAGCCCCAGGUAGCACAUCACAGUGUCUGUCAUCUACUCAGUCAUCUGUGCCGUGGGACUGACAGGGAACACCGCUGUCACCUACAUCAUCCUCAAAGCACCAAAGAUGAAAACACUAACCAACAUCUUCAUCCUCAACCUGGCCAUUGCUGAUGAGCUCUUUACCUUGGUGCUGCCCAUCAACAUUGCUGACUACCUGCUCCUGCAGUAGAGAGUUGGAGAGUUCCUGUGCAAACUCAUCAUCUCCAUAGACCAAUACAACACUUUCUCCAGCAUCUACUUCCUCACUCAACACUGCCUCGUUGUGGCAGCCACCACCAAGUCCAGGAAGGUGUCCUACCUCACCUACCAAGCAGCCAAGACUGUGAGCCUCUGUUUCUGGUCCCUCAUCGCUGUCAUCAUCCUGCCCUUUGCUGUCUUUGCCAAGAUACACAAGGAGCAGGGGCGCUCCCAGUGUGUCUUCGUGCUCCUGCACCCCGAGAGUGUGUGGUGGAAAGGCAGCUGGACCUACACCCUUAUUUUAGGCUUUGUCAUCCCAGUGUACACCAUCUGCACCCUGUGCACCAUUAUGUGCAGGCUGAGACAUGUACAGCUCCAUUGCAAUGCAAAAACUCCGGACAAAGCCAAAAAAAAGGUCACACUGAUGGUGGCUGCUGUCCUGGAUGUGUGCCUGUUCUGCUGGAUGCCCUUUCACCUUGGCACAGUGGUGGCUCUCAUCAUGGACAUCCCACAAACUCCACUCAUCAUUGGGAUUUCCUGUUUCAUCACCAGCCUGAGCUAUGCCAACAGCUGCUUCAGCCCUUUCCUAUACACCUUUCUGGAUGACAGCUUCCAGAGGAGCCUCCUCAAACUGAUAGAUCACAAAACCACCUCAUAA